AUGGCAACUGGGGGCACAGACAAAGGUUUUAAACUGGUCACCCCUGAUCAUGUUGUGGAGUAUAAUGAGGGUGAUGUCACACUGCGCUGUCACCUCUCUCCUGAAACCAGUGCUGUUGCCAUGGAGAUCAGAGGGGAGGGGCUACAGUAUGAGGGCAGAGUGAGUGUGGACCCCCAGCAGCUGCAGAGAGGAGACGUGUCUCUCACACUGAGGAGGAGCAGAGGGGAAUAUAAAGGAGUCAGGUCAUCAGAGGACACCAGGGUUGGGAAUCAGACGCCUGCAUUUGGAGCUGGAGCUGGAACCCGGACUGGAGUAGAUCCAGGGACUGAAGCCGGAACAGAGGAACGAGGUGCGGCUGCUGUGACACACACACAGAUGUUGUUUCGCAACGUGUGCAUAAAAAAAUGGCGAGGUUCAGCUGGUUUAGGUGGAGGAGGUGUUAUAUCUACGCUAAAGAAGAUCACUGCUGAAGAGAGGAAGAACAUGGAGGAAUCUGUCCAGUCUCUGGGUGCAAACAAGCAAGAGGAAGAUAACAAACAACUAGAGGACACACUCAGAAUUCUGGAGAUGGAAUUGGAUGAGUUGAUGCUGAAGAAUGACAGAGAACAUCAAGCUGGAGCCGUCCUCGUGCUGGUCCGCAGGAGCCGCUGUUUGUCGCUCAGGAGGGGAAACCAAUGCCCAGAGCCUGGUUUGCAUCUCAUCUACACCUCCUCUGCCAAUUCUGUGGACUGCCUCCAGACCGCUAUACAGCCCAUUCUCUGGCAAGAUAGGGGCAUGAACUCACGGCUGCAUCUGCUCCUGUUUCAACCCUAA